CCUGUGACAACAUCAGCCCCUCAGCCUUUGUGCGCGACUUCAGCAACACACCUCUGAACUUUUUCAGUUUCAAGCUCCAAAUCUAGCAAGAUGUCUUUCGAAGAAGUCGGCAAGCAGUUCGUCGAGUACUACUACAAGACCUUCGACGAGAACCGCGCUGCUCUUGCCCCGCUCUACCGCGACCACUCCAUGCUUACAUUCGAGGCCUCUGGUAUCCUGGGAACAGCGGCUAUCGUUGAGAAGCUCCAGAACUUGCCCUUCCAGCAGGUUCAGCACCGCACCGACACUCUCGAUGCCCAGCCCUCAGGCCAGAACGGUGUUCUCGUCCUGGUGACCGGCGCACUCCUUGUUGAGGGGUCAGACAGGCCCAUGAGCUUCACCCAGGCUUUCAACCUCCAGCAGGAGAACGGAAGCUACUACGUCCUCAACGAUGUCUUCCGCCUUGUAUACCCUGCCGCAUAAACGCCAAGCCCUGCGGCGUUCGAGACGAUUGACGAUGACAUUUUGAUUUCUGGAGUAUUUUCGCGAGGAACGGCAUGAUACGUAGGGUAGGAAAAGGUGGUGGAACAGUUGCUUGACACUGGCCGUGGACCACAGCGCAUUGGAUUGUGCUGUUUCAACGGCCUGUGCCACGGUUGUCGUCUAGACGCGGGACCACUGACGAUAUGUAGCACCGCUAGACUGGCUGCAAUGCAUGUGCGUUUGGACACAAC